CAGCCCUCCAAGGGCGAGGAGGCGGCAGGCUCGCUGUAGACGCCGUAGACGGGAAGCCAGCAGAGAAAGCUUCGCUGAGGCCUGACGUUAGCACCGCACCGAGCCCCGCCGUGAGGGAGCCUGCCGUGCAACUCUCUGGGACCUGGGACGGGAGUUUGCAGGGAGAGGCGACCCCAGGCUGGAGCCAGCCUGGGGUUCACUAGGGGAGGGGACCAGCAAGGGGCGGGGCUGUCGCGCACUGGGAGAGCCGGGAUGGUUUUGGCAAGACCCGGGGCCGCAGCCAUCCCUCGGGGUGCAGUGGACAAGGGACUGCCUGGGCUCCCUGUAAGGCACCAGAAGGCAGUCGCCGGCCCUGUGACUCGGGCCGUGUGCCACACUUGGCCCCAACCGCAGGGAGCUCCCAGGAGAUUGGCCAGUUACAAGUGCUGUGGUGCCAAGGGCCACAGAGGGGAACCGUUUAGGGAACUCCGCCCCCGUGCCAGGGACCCGGCCCCGUUCUGUCCCUGAGCCCAUCUGCCGGAGCCCAUGCCCGCAGCCCCCACUCUGCAGCUGACUUGCGGGAGACACCCCAGUGUGUGAAGUCCAGGAGGCGCGCCGACAGGCCAGCUUCACCCUCUGGAGGAGGUUUCGUGUCACCCAGCACCCUGGGUGUCACCAGCGUCUCUCUCAGGGUGCCCUGGAUCCAGGACACCGCGGGGAGCCCUCUCUCCUGUGCCACCUGCUCCUGAUCCCUUGGGCGCUCACCACCCAGGCCCAGCGGAGCGUGUUGUGGGGCCAGGCCCUGGAGCGGGGCUCCCACAGGGGGGGACACCUAGUCCAGGCUGGCUCCCCUGACUGGAGGGACCCCAGAAGGCAGUGCUGGGAAACUCAUCAUUUUGUGAAUCCCACCACACCCCUGAGAGUGCUUAGGACACAGACGGGGGCACCAGGAAGGCACAGCCUCCCAGAACCUCGCUUAGGAGAGUCACUGGUCACGGGGACACUGGGAGAUGGAUGGCCUAGGGGUGUCUCUCUCAUUUGGGCCAUUUUGUUCCCCCAAGCACCUGGGCAGGAAAGAAAGUUUGAGAAAGGGGUUUCAACUUCCAAGAUUUAAAUUGGAGGAGGUGAGGAAGGGGGGAGAGGAGGAGGUGGGGAGGAGGAGGAGAGGAAGGCGGGGCGGGAGCCUGCCACCAGGGGGGAGCCAGGCUUGGCAGGGACUAGCCUGCCUGUGGGCUCAGGUGGGGAAGAGACGGAGACCAUCACUGCCCCGAGUCUUCUCCAAGAAGGGAAAACACGAAUCUUCUCUUCCUGGCUCUGCCCAAUACCGCCAGGCCCCCAGCGGGCGCUCGGUGAGGACUUGCUCUCACGGGGGUCCUGGUGGGCACCGGCCUUGACCCUUCCCCGAAGAAGCGCUGGGUGGAGGAAAGGGGGCAACGAGCCGCCGGGCAGCCGGGAUCCCAGGGCUGCAGACAAGAACCGUUUGGGGGCACGGUGUGGUUGGGGUACCCAGCUCGAAGCCCUCGGACCCGGACCGGUCCCGCUGGGGGCGGGGGGGGGGGCGGGCAGCGUCGCGGGCGUUCCCUCCCCCCCCCCCCCCGGGGUUAGGCGCCCCGAGCGGGCGGAAGCAGAGGGGGCGCCGCGAGGCGGCAGAGGCGGCCAUGGGCGCGCGCGUCCGGGCGCCGCUGCUGGCGCAGCUGUUGGUGCGAGCGGGGCUCCGGGGACAGGACGUUCAGGAUCUGGACCAGCUGUUUCCAGGUUUCGAGAACUCGUCGUUGCUCACGUGGCCCUGCGGCCGCCGAACCGUUUCGACGACGCGCGUGGUGGGCGGCAAGGACUCGGAGCUGGGGCGCUGGCCGUGGCAGGGCAGUCUGCGCUUGUGGGGCGCCCACCACUGCGGCGCCAGCCUGCUCAACCGCCGCUGGGUGCUGUCGGCCGCGCACUGCUUUGAAAAACACAAAGAUCCCUCGAAGUGGACGGCUCAGUUUGGUGAGCUGUCCUCCAGGCCAACUUCCUGGAAACUGUGGACCUUCUACCAUCGGUACAGGGUGAAGGAUAUCGUCGUGUAUCUCCAGUUCAGUGGGACUUCACUCAAGGACAUCGCCCUGCUGAAGCUGUCCUCCUCCGUCACCUACAAUAAGUACAUCCAGCCCAUCUGUGUUGUGGCCUCUUCCUCUGAGUUCCAGAACAAGGCUGACUGCUGGGUGACGGGCUGGGGGCACAUCGAAGAAGGUCAAGUUCUGCCGCCUCCUUACCGUCUCCAGGAAGCACAGGUGUCCAUCAUAAACAACUCCAGGUGCGACUUCCUGUUCCGACGUCCCGGUUUGCUCGCUUAUGACCCGGAUGACAUGAUUUGUGCUGGCUCUGAGAAUGGCCAACGUGACGCCUGCAAAGGUGACUCCGGUGGCCCCUUGGCCUGUGAAAAGAGAGGUCUGUGGAUUCAGGUUGGCAUCGUGAGCUGGGGAUUGGGCUGCGCUAGCCCCAACCGGCCCGGGGUCUACACCAACGCCAGUGCGUAUUUCGACUGGAUCCAGACGCUGAUGGCCCGCGGCGCCCCCAGGCCAGUCCCCUCUCGGCUCCUCCUGCCCCUCGCUGUGCUCUGGGCCGGGCUCCCGCAGGCGGCCUGAGCCCAACGGAGUCCCGAGAGCUGGGGCCAUCUGCUGAGCCAGGCCCCGUCCCCCACCUUGUCCCUUUUCUAGUAAACUCCUUAGC